UUUUCUGGAUCGGGUUUGGUGACCUGCUGACUGGCCGUCACAGCUGUCUGUAAACUUGUACGAGCAGUCUAUUGAACUCCAAGAAUGACGUCAGGCGGUAAACAGGGGUGAACAGGUGUUGUCUUUUGGGGGCUGUGUACGUGUGAUAUUUCUGGCGGUUUGGGGAAAACUUGGGGGAAAACUUGGGGAAGGAAUUGAAUGGAUGACAGGCGAUGACAAAAGAUAAUUGGAAAUGAAGGAAAACGACGACGACGACAAAUCAUAAUGAAAGAGGAUUCGAUUUUCAUUUGGCAACUGAGGGAGUGCCAUUAAAAUGUUUCAAGAUUAGUGCCCACUUCAGAAUCCUUUGCAUUGGUUAAGUAUUCGAACAAGAAUUAAUUAGUUAUGCCUUUUGGAAUGGUGGGAGAAGGAAUUUGAAGAGGAGGAAAGAGAAAUGGAUAUUGAGGAGGCGGCGGCGGCGGCGGCUGGGGGGGGAGGAGGAAGAGCAGGAGGAGCUGUGAGGCAGAGGUGUGGGAAAAAGGCUUCAUAUGCGACAGCUUUGGCUUUGGCGUACCAGAGCUUGGGAGUGGUGUACGGGGAUUUGAGCACUUCACCUCUGUAUGUUUACAAGAGCACUUUCUCUGGAGAUUUGGCGCUUCGGGAGCAGGAGGAUGAGGUUUUGGGAGUUCUUUCAUUUAUCCUGUGGACUUUUACGCUCAUUCCCCUCUGUAAAUAUGUGUUCUUCGUCCUGACUGCGGAUGACAACGGUGAAGGUGGGACUUUUGCUCUGUAUUCGUUGCUGUGUAGACAUGCAAAUUUGAGUCUUUUGCCCAAUCAGCAGGCUUUAGAUGAGCAGGUGUCGACUUAUCAUGCCGGCGUAGCGCGACAGAGCGGCCUGAGUUAUUGGGUUAAGGCGUUUUUGGAAAAACGUCAUAAGUUCCGUGUUGGGCUUUUGUUGGUUGUGCUGCUCGGAACAUCCAUGGUAAUUGGCGAUGGUGUGCUCACGCCUGCAAUUUCUGUUCUUUCAGCCGUCCAGGGUAUCAAAGUGAAGGUUCCGAAUCUCCAAGAGAGGUACGUUGUGAUAAUUGCGUGCGUGAUCUUGGUAGCUCUCUUUGCUCUCCAGCACUUUGGGACACGGAAUGUUGCCUUUCUGUUUGCACCCAUUGUGAUAGCUUGGCUCAUUUGCAUCAGUAGCAUUGGUGUUUACAACAUAAUCCAUUGGAACCCUAAAGUGUUCAGGGCUAUUUCACCAGUUUACAUGUAUAAUCUACUAAAGAAGAGCAAAAAAGUUGGCUGGGAGUCCCUUGGAGGCAUAGUUCUUUGCAUUACAGGUGCUGAGGCCAUGUUUGCAGAUUUGGGACACUUCUCACAGUCGUCUAUUAAGAUAGCUUUCACAGGAUUUGUGUAUCCCUGUUUGGUUCUUGCCUACAUGGGUGAAGCUGCAUAUCUUUGCAAGCACCCACACGAUUUACAUAGGAGCUUCUAUAGGUCCGUACCAGAAGCUGUAUUCUGGCCGGUCUUUAUAGUGGCUACCUUGGCAGCAGUGGUGGGAAGUCAAGCAGUCAUCUCAGCUACAUUUUCAAUAGUCAAUCAAUGUUCUGCCCUGAGUUGUUUCCCUCGGGUGAAAGUUGUUCAUACCUCAAACCAGAUAUAUGGGCAGAUAUACAUUCCAGAAGUGAACUGGAUUCUUAUGUGCCUCUGCUUGACUGUCACCAUUGGCUUCAAAGAUACAAAUAUGAUCGGUCAUGCUUAUGGUCUUGCGGUUACGACAGUCAUGUUUGUAACAACUUGCUUGAUGGCUUUGGUGAUUAUCAUGGUAUGGCAGAGAAAUAUUUUUGCAGCAGGGGCCUUUUUUAUCUUUUUUGGGUCUAUUGAAUUACUCUACAUCUCUGCAUGCCUUAUAAAAGUUUUAGAAGGGGGCUGGGUCCCUCUAGCACUAUCCUCAAUUGUCAUGGCUAUAAUGUGCAUUUGGCAUUAUGGAACUUCAAAGAAGUAUGAAUUUGACCUACAAAAUAAGGUCUCAAUGGAGACAAUUCUGAGUCUUGGACCAGGUUUAGGGAUAGUGCGUGUUCCUGGGAUUGGACUUAUCUAUACAGAAUUAGUAACAGGAGUUCCUGCCAUUUUUGGUCAUUUUGUGGCAAAUCUUCCAGCCUUUCACAAGGUGCUUGUCUUUAUCUGCAUCAAGUCAGUUCAUGUUCCGUAUGUUCCAAUAGAGGAACGCUGCCUUAUAGGCAGAAUAGGCCCAAAAGAAUAUAGGAUGUUCAGGUGCAUUGUGCGGUAUGGUUACAAGGAUAUCCACCAUGAAAACAACGAUUUUGAGAAUCAUUUAGUUAUGAAUAUUGCAGAAUUUAUGAAGAGGGAAAGUGAAGAGGAUAAUGUUUCACACAAUGCUAGGAAUCAUGAAUUUUGUGAUAGAAUGUCAGUAUUUGGUACACCUUCAAAGUCAUUGAUGAAGAUGGUUGUUUCAGAAGAUCAGGAGGGAGAUGGCCAUCUUUCAUACCCUAGAUCUCCAAUGGAGGAACCUGUUGUCAGCGUUGUUCCAAAAAGAAAAAAGAAAGUGAGGUUUGAGGUGCCAGUGAGUCCUGAAAUAGAUUCUGGAAUAAGAAAGGAGCUUAUGGAGCUGGUUGAAGCAAAAGAUGCAGGAGUUGCCUACAUAUUGGGCCACUCUUAUGUUAAGGCUAAGAGACCAUGUUUUAUAUUGAAGAAAUUUGCCAUAGACUUCGCAUAUACUUUUCUUAAAAAGAAUUGUAGAGGUCCAAGCAUUUCCCUUGGCAUUCCUCAUAUUUCCUUAAUUGAAGUGGGUAUGAUCUACUAUGUGUGAGCAAAACCUGUAUAUUUGCAAAAAGACACCUGCACUAGACCAAAUGCCACAAGCCAGUUUGCCUCAACUGGCUUGCAUACUUCAGAAAGAAUUUGAAAACGCGUUGAAACACUGUCUGAAAUAUGCUGUACGUUAGAGAGCCUUUGUCUUAUGGUUCUCGGGCUGGGGAUCAAGGGUACUGUAAACCAUAUUCCAAAUCUCUUUUGAAGAGGCAUGUACAUUUUCUUACAUGAGAAAAGCCCAAAAGAAAUUGGCUAUCCGCAAGGGGUAUUUAUUUUCCA